ACACUAGGCUAGAUUAUUAUUAUCAUUAUGCAUGCGCGCCAAGUUCAGAAAUCAUAAGUUAAUGCAUGAUGCGACUAUAAUAAAGCGUCGACAGAUGUUAACACAUCGGCCAGUAUCGAUAGUAUUUAAAGAGAGGCGAACCCGGUAAUAUUUCUUAGAUACUCCAGCGGCGCCUCAGCUGCCGCAGCGAAUUCUCGAGGAAUUCGUUUUAAGGAAAAACUAUAUAUACAUUCACGCGAACGCAAAUAGUGCUCGUGCACAAUAAAACAGUUUCAACGAUGAAGUCGAGCGUCGGAAGCAGUUUUUUAUUCACUGCUUUGUUGAUGAGAGUUUUUUGUCUGGAGACUAUAUCCGCCGAACCGCCUCGCGUUGCCCGAAAUCCAGAAAGCUGCACCAGCAACACCGGAGCCCCGGGAGUCUGCGUGAGGAUUCGGGACUGCGCGUCGCUCCACGACUAUGUCGCGAAUCGUCCCAUCAUGGGCAUCGGCGCCAUGCUCUCCUCCGUCUGUUCCUUCGGAUUCUUCAAGGUCAUGGUCUGUUGUCCUUUGGAGCUGCCGAAGGACGAGAACACGCCACUGUUGCCACCUCACUGUGGUCACAGCGCUGGUCUUCACAACAGAAUUGUCGGCGGGAACGAUGCUGCGCUGAAUGCCUGGCCGUGGAUGGCUGCAAUAGCUUUUCGCUUCGGCAACGAUUCCGGCGACUUCAUAUUCAGCUGCGGUGGAACCCUCGUAUCCUCGAGGCACGUCGUGACGGCUGCCCAUUGUUUGGAGUACGAGGAGGUCAGCUACCAGGUACGCCUGGGUGCGCACGACCUCGAGAACACCGACGACGGAUCCCACCCCAUUGACGUCAUCGUCGAGAGCUACGUUGUCCAUCCGGAGUACAACAAUACCUCGAAGGAGAACGACAUUGCUAUCUUGAGGCUGGACCGAGACGUUGAAUUCACCAAGGCCAUCCAUCCCAUUUGUCUGCCCAUCGAGAAGAAUCUUAGGAACCGCGACUUCGUAGGAACGUACCCGUUCGUGGCCGGUUGGGGCGCGACGUCUUACGAGGGCGAGGAAUCGGACGUCCUUCAAGAGGUGCAGGUUCCGGUGGUCAGCAAUGAGCAGUGCAAAAAAGACUACGCGGCGAAGAGGGUCGUCAUCGACGAGCGCGUGCUAUGCGCGGGUUGGCCCAACGGUGGAAAGGACGCUUGCCAGGGGGACAGCGGCGGCCCACUCAUGUGGCCCAAGCAGACGACCUAUUACCUCAUCGGAGUGGUUUCGACUGGUUCGAAGUGCGCCACGGCCCAAUUUCCCGGCAUAUACUCGCGAGUUACGCACUUCUUGAACUUCAUCAUCUCCAACAUGAAGUGAUUGUAUUUAUACAUGCAACGAGCCCUAUCCCAAAGGCUAUGAACACUGCGCUGCGGUAUAAUCCGAACUCGUAUAUGCUUCGCUAUUUUUUAUACGAAUUAUUUUAUACACGAUCGCAGUAUAGAUUAAUAAAAGAAUUCCUCAUUUUGUAAAGAGCCAGCAGGGUAUA